UUCCCUAGGCCCACAUCCCAGCACCGAUCUCACCUCCUCGAGCCGCGGCGAGGCGACGCCCUCUCCCUCCGGCCUCCAACUCUCGCCUCCGAGGACUGCCUCUGCGUGCCCGAGCGCUCGAUUGACGUAGCCUCCAACUCGCCGACGCGCCGCCGUACUUUGAUCCACCUGGACUUUGAUCCCCCCCCCCCCACGCGCGGCCGUACCCGGGCAAAAUGGCGCAGAUCCCCAACCUCGACAACGCGCCGCUCAAUCUCGCCGCACUCAGGGAGCAGUCGCAGAAGGAACUGCUCAGCAUCCUCAAGAGCAUUAGGGGGAAGAAGUGUCUUGUCAUCGACCCCAAGCUGGCGGGGACCCUGUCUCUGGUCGUGCAGACGUCCCUUCUAAAGGAGUACGGUGCAGAGCUGCGGCUCCUCUCGUCCGAUCCCCUGCAGACGGAAUGCCAGAAAAUCAUAUAUCUUGUGCGGUCUCAGCUCAGCUUCAUGAAAUUAAUUGCAAGUCAGAUCAAGAGCGAUGAACCCAAAGGGCUCCAGAGGGAAUACUUCCUCUACUUUGUGCCACGCCGCACUGUUGCUUGCGAGAAGGUCUUAGAGGAAGAGAAAGUACAUCAGAAGUUGACAAUUGGAGAAUACCCAUUGUAUCUUGUUCCAUUGGAUGAGGAUGUCCUCUCUUUUGAACUGGAACAUUGUUUGCAGUUUGUUACUUACUAUUCUCAGGAGUGUCUUAUCCAAGGUGAUACAAGUUCUAUCUGGCAUGUUGCUAAAGCGAUUCAUAAGUUAGAGUUUGCCUUUGGAGUUAUUCCUAAUGUUAGGGCCAAGGGUAUGGCCUCAACCAAGGCAGCGGAGUUGUUGAAUCAUAUGCAACUUGAGGAUCCUGUUAAUAUGGAUGAUAUGGGGAUUCCAGAGAUAAACACUGUUAUUUUGUUGGAUAGGGAGGUGGACAUGGUGACACCAAUGUGCUCUCAGUUAACAUAUGAAGGUUUAUUGGAUGAGAUGCUUCAAAUUAAUAACGGGUCUGUUGAAGUUGAUGCAAGCAUCAUGGGGAACCAGCAGGAUGGAAAAAAGGUUAAGGUUCCUCUGAAUUCAAGUGAUAAGUUAUACAAGGAGAUUCGAGACCUCAAUUUUGAAGUUGUAGUUCAGGUCUUGCGUCAAAAGGCAACAUCUAUUCAGCAAGAUUACGCAGAAGUAAAAUCCACUAAUACUCAGUCAGUUUCUGAGCUGAAGGAUUUUGUGAGACGAUUGCACUCUCUACCCGAGAUAGCUAGGCAUGUUCAUUUGGCACAACACUUGCAAUCUUUCACGGGAAAGCCCUCCUUUCAUGCUCGACUGGACAUAGAACAAACAAUAUUGGAGGUUCAGAACUUUGAAAUGGGAGUGCAUGUCCAGUUUCAACCUGCCGGACAAUUACCAGCCGGAUCCUGACGCACUUUUACGGAGAAAAUCCAGAAAUUCUACGCCUAGACCAAAGGAAUCCGUCGUCCGUAAGAUCAUUGACCAGUUUGAGGGUGUUCCUGCCGUUGACGAACCCAUGACCACCAACAAGACAAUCCACAAGUUUUCGGCUCUGUCCGUCUCCAACAUACCGAAGAGGCCAGAGACUAAUGUCGGGGAGGUGAGCUUCGACUUAAAGUCUGCACUCAUCAACAUAGUGCAGCAAAGCUCAUUUUAUAGCAAGCCAUCAAAGGAUGCUAAUGCUCAUCUUCAACACUUCUUGGAGAUUUGCAACAUCUUCACCAUCUGUGAAGUUUCUACAGAUGCGGUACGUCUUCGUCUUUUUUCUUUUUCACUGUUAGAGAAAGCGAAGCAGUGGUUCUACGCCAACAAGGAGACUGUGUUAACUUAGGAGAAGUGCUCAAAUACCUUCCUCUCCAAGUAUUUUGAAACGCUAGUAAAAACCUACCCAGUUGUGUCUGCUGGAGAAGCUUCUGCAACGUACUACUUUGGAAGCAUAACCGGCUGAGGCCUUUCAUCGAGCACCUACUGAGCAGGAAUGAAUCGGAGCAGAGCAGGAGCUUACCGGUUUGGGAUGCUGACUGAUGCAAACGCCGGGCGUGGGAUCAUGGCCAGCGCCACCCAUGCUGUUUGAUGCACCCAUGGACAGAAACGUCGCGGCAGAGUCUUUGUGAAUGGACACAGCCGACGCACCAUCUGUAGAGCUUCAAGUCAACACUAGUAACUACUUUUGCUCACAUUUGCUGUAUUGAAAAACGGGCUAAUGGUAAUAUAAUUAGUAUGAUAGAUUCUAAUCAUCAUUUAGUCAUGAUUUCUAAAAUUAAUUUUGAAAUUAGUUCAUAUCUACAUACACUACAAUAAAUUGGGAAACAUAUGUCGGUCAAAUUAGACCUCCUUUGGUUCAAAGGAAUUUUAUAGGAAAAUUGUAGGAUUUGAUUUUCUAUAAGAAUUGAUACUGUAGCAUCCUUUGGCUUGCAGGAUUGGAGCAUAGGAAAAUUGGAGGAAGUAUUCCUUUGCAACCUAUUUCGUACGAAAUUCUCAGGAAACAAAACAUCUACUCAGAGCUCUUUUUUCCAUCAAUGCGUAGGAACGAGGCAAAUCAAAAUGGUAACCAGAGCUUGGAUCACUUCUUGAUUGCGCUGAUCUACUGACACAUAUAACAUCGUACAGGAAUGAGUGGAUGAAUGCCUUGGUAACUCAACGAGUGGGUCCAAGUUAAUUUAUUACUUUUGAAGAUUCCCACAUUUUUCCUACAACCAAUCCAAACAACUCCUCCUUCAAAAUUCCUGUGUUUUUUAUUCCUAUGUUUUGCACAUGUAUUCCUAUUCUAUUCCUAUAUUUUUCCUAUUCCUACAUUUUUCUACCCUGCAUUUCAAAGAAGCCCUAAGUAUGUUGAGGUCUACAAACUUAAUUCAGUUAAGCAAUGUCGGUUUGUCCACA